AAACUCACACAAACACAAACUUUAGCAACCAACCAUGUCCAUGUCCACCAUGAUGAGCGCCACAAUGAGCAUAUCACCAGGCGUGCCAUCAUCGGCGCAACCGCCGCUAUCCUCACCACCGCCGGCAACAACCCUACCGCUUCGCACAAUCCCCGGCAGCUACGGGUGGCCGCUGCUCGGACCCGUUUCCGACCGGCUCGACUACUUCUGGUUCCAAGGCCCGGAGACAUUCUUCAAGAAGCGAAUCGACAAGUACAAGAGCACGGUUUUCCGUACCAACAUCCCCCCCACCUUCCCUUUCUUCUCCAACGUUAAUCCCAACGUUGUCGCCGUCCUCGACACCAAGUCCUUUUCACACCUCUUCGACAUGGAGCUUGUGGAGAAGAAGAAUGUUCUCGUUGGAGAUUUCAUGCCCAGCGUCAAGUUCACCGGCGAUAUCAGGGUUUGUGCUUACCUUGAUACUUCUGAGCCACAGCACGCUAAGCUCAAGAACUUCGCCAUGGACAUCCUGAAACAAAGCUCGAAAACGUGGGUGAGCGAAGUCCUGACCAACCUUGACACAAUGUGGGACACCAUCGAGUCCACCAUCUCCAACUCAGGCUCCGCCAGCUACCUCGUCCCUCUCCAACAGUUCAUCUUCAAGUUCCUCACCAAGAGCCUCGUCGGAGCCGACCCUUCGACCUCACCGGAAAUUGCCGAGUCCGGCUACAUUAUGCUCGACCGCUGGCUCGCCCUCCAGCUCCUCCCCACUGUCAAAAUUGGAGUCCUUCAGCCCCUGGAGGAGAUUUUCCUCCACUCAUGGGCAUACCCUUUUCUCCUUGUUAGUGGAGACUACAAAAAGCUCUACCAAUUUGUAGAAAAAGAAGGUAAGGAAGUAUUAAGCAGAGGUAAGAAUGUGUACGGACUGAGUUUAGAAGAAAGCAUUCACAAUUUGCUAUUCGUGUUGGGUUUCAACGCGUUUGGUGGUUUCUCGGUUUUCCUACCGAGUUUACUGAGUGCACUACUGAGUGAUACGACCGGUUUACAAGAAAGAUUAAGAAAAGAAGUACGAGAAAAAGGCGGUUCAACUCUGAGUAUCAACUCGGUGAAAGACAUGCAACUCGUUGAAUCAGUCGUGUACGAGACGCUCCGGCUCUACCCGCCGGUUCCGCUACAAUAUGGCCGCGCCCGAAAGGAUUUUCAAUUGAGUUCACACGACUCGGUCUAUGACAUCAAAAAGGGCGAGUUGCUUUGUGGGUUUCAAACUUUGGUGAUGAGGGACCCUAAGGUUUUUGAUGACCCAGAGAGUUUUAAACCGGACCGGUUCGUGGGUGAGAAAGGGUCCGAGUUACUGAGUUACCUGUACUGGUCCAACGGGCCGCAGACCGGUUCACCGAGUGAGUCGAAUAAACAGUGUGCGGCUAAGGACUACGUGGUCCUCACCGCCUCUUUGAUUGUUGCUUAUCUGUUCCGCAGGUAUGAUUCCAUCACUGGCGCCUCAGGCUCAAUCACAGCCGUUGAAAAGGCAAAGUGAGGUCGUGAUUGAUUGUGAUUUGUGGGGUUGUAAGUUUUGUCGCUAGUUGUGGCUGUACUGAAUCAAAAGCACAGAUAUUAAUUAUGGGAAAAAAAAAAAGGGUAAGUGGGGUCCACCAAUAAAUGAUUUAUAAAAAGAGUGAAAGGACGAUGGUGAUGUUGAAGUUUGAUGAAGGGAUCAUGUGUGGGGGCCAGUGUUUCUUAUCAUUUUGGUUAGUUGGAUUUGACACAAAUGGUCCCCACCUUCCAUCCCAUAACAUGGAUGAGUUCAAUGCUCCAUGUUUUUAGACAAAAAAGAUAUCUUGGUAUGUGAACAAAUGAGAUUCUUGUUCCCAAUUGAUUCCUUUUCAAUGGGAAGGAUUGCGGUAAAGAAACGAGAGAUGAUUGAAAUUUGAUUCCGACUCGAAUCGAUUAUUAAAUUAGAUAUAUUUGUAUAAACUUAGUUUGAUUCGAUUAAUAUUUGUAAACAUUAAUUGUAUAAGUUUAGUUCAGCUCGUUA